AUGGUGGAUGGUAGAGAGAUAAUUAAGCAAGAGAGUAAAUGGGAUGUCAAUGAUAUAAAGAUGGUUCAACUCAAUACCAAAGCAAUGUAUACACUCUUUUAUGCAUUAGGGCCUAAUAAGUACAAUAGAGUUUCUUUGUGUGAAAAUAUGAAACUAGAUGAAACCAUUAGUGAAAUUUUAAACUACUUCACCAAUAUCAUUAAUGGUUUAAAAGCUCUUGGAAAAACUUACUCAAAUGUGGAGAUAGUGAAAAAAAUUCUUAAUAGUUUACCAAAGAGCUGGGAAGCUAAAGUGACAGCCAUUGAAGGGUCUAAAGAUCCUCACACAUUCUCUUUGGAUGAACUAAUGAUUCUUUUCUUACCUAUGAGAUGA